AGGGGCACGUAAGAUACAGUCAGGAAACAUGUUGAGUACUAAGAUUACAAAAGAAGUUAUGAGAGGGAAAGCAAAUUCAACUCAAGAUUGUUCCACUGACCACGCUUUUGAGAUCUUAUCAAAAGGUGAGAAUACGAUCACACAACCAGUUCAGUCUACGUCCGCUAUGAGAAUGAUGAAAUUGAUGGGUUGGACUGAGGGGACCGGGCUUGGACUGCAAAAGCAAGGAAUUGUCGAACCGAUAAAAUCUGACGUGGUUGUUGGCAGAAAGGGUAUUGGUUACCACGACGGUUCCAGAAAUGCUGAACCAUUUGCAAAAAGUUUUCGUCGCUACCUACAGAAUUAUAAAAACAGCGCUUCAGUCCAUAAUAUUGUAUUUUCCAGUGAGUUUUCCAGUGAAGAGAGGAAGUUUAUUCACGAUGUUGCUCGUAAAAUGGGAAUGCUCUCUUCCAGCAUUGGCAAGGAGCCUAAACGUCAGUUGACUGUCCGUCGCUCCCCCUGUAAACCUCGCCCUUUAAUUGAACUACUUAAUCGACUCAUAGAAUCAAAACAAUCAGAUCCUCUCUUUUCUAGAAUCAAUCUUAUUUCACCAACAGGCUAGCUUCUUGAAUAAUAUUUUUGCUUGUGAAUCCCAAUAAAAUGCGUUGGAUUUCACAUUAAA